UGCCAGCCGUGCUUGCUCUUGCGGAAGAAGUCUUUCAUGUGUAUUUUCCGUUUGGAGCGCUGGACACUGCACCACAAUGUAAUGAUCACGGGCAUUACGACAGCGAGAGUGGUCCAAAACAGGAGUGUCCACUCUUCCCGUGACGAUUGGUCACGGUUUCCCUCGUCCCCCUCCAUUGACAUCCGAAGAAGAGUGGUGAUCGGUGACGUAGAGGAGAAUUUACCCCCUCAUCUCCUACGGACUGGGGUCUCAGUGCAGAAGUAGCCGGGCAGGUGAGCUGAGACCAAGAUGAAGAAGUUUGUGGCAUUUUCCCUCUGUCUGGUCCUCUUGACCAUCUACACAGCAGAUGCAAACCCAAUCAUCAAGGAGAGCUAUGCUAAGCAACUUCUGCGGACCAAGAGGCAGAAGCCUGGCCACCCCGAUGAGCCAAUGAGGGAGCACUUGCUCCACAUGCAGGUUCUGGAUCAGAGGGCCCAGGAGACCAACCUGGAACACUGGCUGAACCCCCACUGCUACCCCCGCUGUGACAGGAACUACGGACACCCUGUCUAACCCCCAGUGACCUCGCCUUGACUCCUCACAGCCCAGGAGAACAACUUUUUUUCUGUGUGGUGGAGGGCGCUGACGGCAAGAAUGAUGUCGACAACUGUGAUGACGACAAUGAUGAUGAUGACUAUGAUAAUGAUAUGAGGGUGAAGCUCAGAGUGUAACUCUAUCACAUGCAUUUCAUGAUGAAGCCUCAGCAGGGAACAUUAGUGGCCAUCAAUAGAGAUGUCCACAGCUUAUUCCAGCAACAUUGGCGUAUAGGAAACGUAUUAAAUGAUGUUAACAUCAUAGAGGAUACAUAAUCAGUUUAUAUGUUGAUACAGUUGUGAGAAAUUAUACAUUGUAUUAUGUAAAACAAUGUUUAAAAAACAAUAAUUGAAUAAAUCAUCUAAUCAAAUUGU